GAGGGGCUCACCCUCCUGGCCUCCCUGGGGCGUCCCUGCCUGCCACCCAGUUGCGGAAGCCACUGAGGUUGAUCUGAGACUUGACUAAUACAGGGCACGUUGAGCAACCUCCCAAAACACUAUUUUAUGUGAAAGAUUCGUUUACCUUAGGUAGUGUGACUAGGCCACUUCUGCCUCGAAGAUCAAUUCGGGGUAUAUCAGGUCCCUAUACUGUGAUGCUAAAAUUCCUGUUUAAUUUUGAUGCUCCACUAAAUUUCAGGUUUUUCUGUUUCAUCUUCCAAGGAUUUUAUUUGGUUAAGCAUUUCUUUCUUCUCUAUAGAAGAACUUCAGAAGUGACAUUUUGUAAAAAAUCAGGAAUCUUUAAAUGCUUUUUUCAAACUUCUGUGUUUUGGUUUUCUGAAUAUCCAACCCAAGGCCUUUCAAAUGCUAGACAAGCAGUCCACCUGUGAGCUAUAUUACCAGCCUCCUAUAUGCUUUUAAAAGAAUACUAGUACUUCAUGUCAAAUGUUGGAUGUUCAGAGUAUGGUUUUAAAAGGAUAAUCCUAAUGCUACCCUCAGGCCUGAUUGUUAAAAGAAUGGGAGGUCCUAUGAGGUUUCCAGUAUCAUGUCAUAGAACUGGACAACACACAGAAAUGGCAGUGAAAGUGUACUUUCAUUGCAGGUGGAAAAGAGGUAUAUGUUCUGCACAGUGAGAGUGGGUGAAUGAAAAGGCUUACAGCUAGAAUAAGGGAAACGGGUCUUUUGUAUCCAGAGUUCCUGGGUUCUGUGAACUGUUUUAUGAUUGGCUUCUUGCUGUACGUAAAUGAAGGGUCAGGGACAAUGUCCUGUGAUUCGUUGUGCUGUGUGUGUUUACAGUUGUAUAAACUUUUAUGAUUGGCUUCCUGCUGUAUGUAAAUGAAGAGUCAGGAACAGUGUCUUCUGAUUCCUUGUGCCCAUAUGCAGAAGAAGGAUUGAAAAGAGCAUCUUCUGUUUGGUCCUGUGAAGAACCUACACCUUUUUUGUAAUAAUUUGCAACUCUUAAUUUAUUGGUCCUGAGACAACUGACAUUUUGAGAAUCAUAUCUAAGAGUAAAGGGCAUCCAAUGGUUACCUGAAGGCUUUGAGCUUUCCUGUAUCUUUAAUUCCUUCUGGAUUUGACUGAUAAGCCUUCAUUUGACUGAUUGCUGAGUCUCAACCAUGACUUCAGGAUGUAGUGCAGCUCUCAAUGGUUGACAUAAAACGCAAGAUAGCAGAACUGGAAGCCAAACUCAAUACUGACAAUGAAGGUGGUGAAUGGAAAACUCGCUAUGAGGCACAACUUGAAUUGAAUGAUCAGCUACAAAAACAAAUUGUAUCCUUGGAAGAGAAAAUGAAAAGAGUCCGUGGAAAUCCUUCAGACAGACUAUCUUCUAUUCGUGUUUAUGAGCGAAUGCCAGUGGAAUCCUUAAGUAUAUUACUGAAACAACUAGAAAAAGAAAAAAGGAGUCUUGAAAAUCAAGUAAAACACUAUGCACUUAGACUGGAACAAGAGUCAAAGGCUUACCAGAGGACCAGCAGUGAACGGCGUACAUACCUAGCUGAAAUGUCUCAGGGCUCUGGCUCACAUCAAGUUUCUAAAAGGCAACAGAUGGAACAACUGCCUCGAAUGAAAGAGAAUCUAGUAAAAAUGGGAAGAUGCAAUCCAGUUAAUCAGAAGACUGUGAAUGCAAAGAGAGGAGCAGUAAAAAAGAUUACAAGAUCAAGUCAUCUUCCAAAACUUAAUCAGUGAUUUCAGAACUGCAGGGAUUUCAGUUUUUUCCUUCUCUUUUUUAAUGUAUAUUAUUCAUCGUGUGAAGUUAAUGUUCAGUGUAUUAUUUAGGGAAUGAAAAAGAUAAGAGCUGCCAAGUUUCUCUUUAGUUCUUACAGAAGUUUACUCCCUCGUCUGCAAGAAUGGAAUUUUCUCGAGUAAUCCUAAAAUAUCUAAUAGAAUUUCUUGUGAUUUUUAAAUAUAUAUUAGGAAACUUGAAGGUUGGCAUCACUACAAUUAUUUUUAAUAGUAUAUUUGUGUUUUUCUCAAAUAGUAACAUUACUAUUAUAUUGGUUUGUCAGCUAAAGAGGUGAGUUUAUAAAACUUGCACUUUGCAUGCUCAGUUGUUUACUUUAAAGUUUAAACAAAAUUGCAAACCAAAAAUUUAUUAAAUUUUGAUUGAGAUAUCAUGGUAUUAUGGGAACAAUCUUCAGUCAUGAAUCAGCUGCUUCUAUUUCCCAUUUUACCAUAAAUUUAGAUGAUCUUAGGCAAGUUCCAUCUCUUUGUCUUCAUUUUCCAUACCUGUAAAAGGACAAAGGCAAAAUAUAUAACUUCUGUUUUCUUACCAUUUUUGAAAGCCCCUACUUGUUCAAUCACCUGGUCCUACCACUGAAAUUACUGAUUUAAACCAUUUUAUGAUCAUUAGUUCACAAGGAUGGUGUAGUUUUCAUAAGUGUCACAGUACUCAAGUCUAGAUAUAGAGAUAGAAUGAGGAUAAGAGUUUUUUAUCAUCUAUACAAUUUAUUGGAUGUUUUAUUCAUGCUCAGACUUUUUUUAUCAUUUAGACAGUUUUUGUAAUAAUCUUAGUUUGGAAUGUACCUAUAUAUUGUACUUGUACAUCUUAAAAUGUGGAAUUAUUGGACUUUACAUUUCCAGAAGUCACACAGAGAUAAUAGCUUUUACAUAAUGUUUUGUUUUUUACCUAAAUCUAGAACUAAACCUAAACUUUGUUCAGUAAUGAAUACCAGCACUGAAACCAGUGACAAAUACCACAUGCAUUUUUAUAACUACAGUACCUCUACAGGUAUUUCUUAAGAAAGAUUGCAUAUAUUACAUAUAGUCAAAUACUUCUUUAUAUGACUUUAGAAUGUAGUACAGAGAAAUAUAAAGCAACUUCCUGUAAGUUAUUCUGCAUUGGGAUUGCAUGGAAAUCUGUUUCCUGUUCUUAAAUUCACUGUAGAUAUCAAGUCCUAUGACCUAUAUUGCUAGACAAAUACUAAAUUUUCAUGUCCAUACCAGGUUUCCAAGCAUAAGCAGCAAACUGAUAAUUUAAAUAUUAUAGCAGUUACAAUUACCAAUGAAAAAUGUUUGUUUCUUGCAUAUAAAACUAAGCUAUUAUGGAAAUUAGAUUGAGAAGCAUUUAUUUCAACCACUAGGAUGUUAUAUUAGUUGAACAUAUUAUCAUAGAGACUCUUCCACAUUCAGAUGUUAAUGUGGCUAGAACUGUUUUAGGCGUCAGCCUUUUUGUUUUCUAUAAUUUUUGAGACAUCUCAUUAAGCCACUCAGUUGCUCAGGUUCGAAUUUGUGAUCCUCCUGCUUCAAUGAUUAAAAAUAAGUGGUCAUGCCUGUAACCCCAGCACUUAGGAAAGCUGAGGCAGGAGGACUGCAAGUUUAAGUUUUACCUAGGCACCCUGCCUCAAAAUUUAAAAAUAUUUUUAAAAGGACUAUGAGGGGCUGGAGAUUUAGCUCAGCGGCAUAAGUGCCUGCCUUGCAAGCAGGUACUUGUGAGUUUGAUCCCCGGUACUGAUAAAAAGGAAAAAGACAAAAAAAUAAAUAAAAUAAAAUAAAAUAAAAGGACUAUGAAAUUACUAAAGCAGAAUUUAAAAAAGGUAAUAGUAAGUAUUGUUAAAGAUAUGGAGAAAAUCAUAUGUUACUGAUGGAGAUGUAAAAAUGGUACUGCAGUUUUGGAAAACUGUAAGAUCCUCAAAUGGUUAAACAGAGAAUAACCAUAUGACCUAGCUUUUCACUCCUAUGUUUGAGAGAAAUGGAAGAAAAUGUCCACAUAAAAAUGUGUACAAGAAAUCAUAAUAGCCAAAGAGGGCAACCCAGAUGUUCAUCAAGAGCUAAGACAUGAUAUAUCCACACCAUGGAGAUUAUUUUUCCAACGAAUGAAGUACUGUUAUGUGGUGUAACAUGGAUAAUCCUUGAAAACAUUAUCCUAAGAAUUCACGGACAAAAGACAUCAUAGUGUAUCAUGCUACUUAUAUAAACUGUUUACAAUAGGCAAACCCAUACAGAUGGAACUUUUAUGAACUGUUUAGGCAAACCCAUACAGAUGGAAAGUAAUUUAGGAUCUCCCUGGGGCUGGCGGUUGCGCUGAUGAAGGGAAAAACUGUUAAUGGAUACAGUGAUUUUGUGUUUGAGGGUGUUGAAAGUGUUCUCAAAUUGGUAGUGAUGACAGUUGCUCAAUUCUGUGAAUAUUCUGAAAAUCAAUGAAUUGUAUGCUUUAAAUAGGCUAAUUGUAUUCUUUGUGAUUUAUACAUCAAUGAAGCUGUUAUAAAAACAUGCUGAAAUACAUUAGUAUUGUACUGUAUAUUAGUAGAUAAAUAUUAUGAAAUCCUUGUUUUUAAAAUGCGACCUUAAAUUCACCAUCUGUAGUGUUAUGAUUCAGUCAAGAGCAUAGUUUUGAGCAGAAUUUUCCAACAUUUUCAAGAACUACACUAGUUAGAAUAGUAAUGAAGAAAUAUCUAUAGGCUAAUUCCCAGUACUUUACUUUGACGUCUUUACCUUUGACUAAUUCCAUCUCUUGCUUAAUAAUCUUGUAAAGAUAUUUACAAGACACUUCUUAAUUUUUGACUGGAACUAGAUUUUUUAAUUUAUAAAAAGCUACGUAGUUUUUGUUUUAAAUUAUUUCUAUCUUUCAUGAUCUUUAUUAGUUCUGUCAUUUAUGUCUAGAGGUUACAAAGCAACUUUAUCAGUUUUUUUCUUUGGGACUAAGUUAUUCUUGCAACAGGAGCUUAUUGAUACUUCUAUUUAAUUUUUUAGUUUUAAAAAUUUUCUUGCCAUGGACACAAGUGAGUAGCUAGCUAGACUUAUGGAGCACAUAUAUGUCUUCUUACAAUAAAAUACUUGAAUUACAGAUUCUUAAUAUGUAAGUUCACUUUUGAAUUUUCAAAUUCCAGAAUAAAAGAAUUAUGGCAACAGUAAUGCUGAGAUACUUUGUACUUAAUAGAGUAUAAUAUAUUAGAAUAAUAAAAGUAGUACUAAAAUUACUAAGUCUGAUUGAGGAAUGGAAAAUAUCUUUAAAAAAAUAAAGCAUGUAAAUAUGAGAUUAUAUCAUUACUGACACAUUCUACUGUUAAAAUCCAACUGAUAUGAUCUAUAAGUUAGAAAAGUCUUAGAUUUAUUAUAUCCUUUUAACUUUAUCAAAACAAUUUCAUAUUUACUAUCUUAGUUACUGGGAAAGUAUUAUUUUUCUGGAAAACUGCUCAAUAGUAAUAAAUCAUCACUGAGAUACUGCAAAGGCCUUGAAUACUCCACAAAGGAUUCUUAUGACAGUGGAAGUUUGGGCUUGACUGCCAACAUUCUUUCAGAUGCUAAGAUCUGUGAUUCCCUGCUCACUUAUCAGAUAACUAGAGACAAAACUAACUUCCUAAAACAUGUCUUGAUUGCAAUAUAUGGGCUGAAUCAGAUAGGCUGUACAUAUGAGUUUUCAAAAACAUUUUACCUAUAGCCAAUAAAUAAAAAAAUCAGUAUAACAUUACUAAUUACUAAUGAUAGUUUGUGAAAUUUAAAUUAGUUUUCUCUCUCUUUUAUUUUCUUUUUUUUCUUCUUGGGUUUUUUUUUUUGUAUGUGAAAUCAAACUGGACCUCACACUGCAGGGCAGGCACUGUGCUGCUGUGCUAGGAACCACUUUUCAUUUGUAAAAUCAACAGUGAUUUUCUAAAAAUAAUUUUUAAUGCUAACAGCUGUCAAAAAUUGUUCUAAUUGUUGGUAGCAAAAUAAAUAUAAUUCUUUUGACUAUAUAAUUGAAUACACAAUGUUUAUACAGCAACUCAACAAUUAUACUUUCCAAAAUCUAUUCUGAGAAAUUCUGCAUUUUAGAAAAUGAAAGCCAAUCAUUUAAUCACUAUUAUUUAUAAUACCAAAAGAUGUAGGCUUCCUCACUAUCUAAUUAUAAGCCCUCUGCUUCAGUAAAUUCUUUAAAACAUGGGUAAUAUAAUACCAUGUUAUAUAUUUUUAUAAAGAUACUGUGUAUGAAGCUUGUUAUAAGCUGUUCAAUGUGAGGUAUAACUACUAUCAAUUUUUUAAACACUAACCCUUCAUUCUAAUAAACUACAAUAACUUGCCCUGGAAAUCCAUCCAUUUAAAUUUAUAUUUACUCAUAUUUAUCACUUCCAUCAUUCUUUAUUCCUUUGUGUAGAUCCAUGCCACUAUUUACCAUUAUUUUCCUCACUUGAAGACCUCCCUUCAACAUGACUUAAACUUCAGCCUUUAACAUGGAUCCUUUAACAAUCUAAUGGGUUGACAUUCAGUUGUAAUGAAUUUCUAUGUUAUUUGAAAAAAAUCAGCAGCAGCUUUGCAUGAUUAUAUUUAAUGUACAAUUUACUGUAGUGAUUUCCUUUACAAGGGUAAAGGAAUAGAGCUUAAUUGAUGACUCCAGGGAUAGGAAGGAGGAUUCAUAUCUUUGAUAAAAGAGAAAAUAAUAGAUUGAUAGUUUUAGUCUUUCAGUACUUUAAAGAUGCCAUUCAACAUAUGCCAGAGAAGAUUGAGAUAUGGUUACUAGGUACAAUGAAUGGAAUACUGAAAGAGCUACUCAUAUCUGAAUAAAGUUUAGUUAAUAGCAAUAGACCACUUUUGAUUUCUUAGUUGUGGCAAAUGUAUUGUGACCACAAGUAAUAGUUAACUGUGUUGUCACCUUGAGUAAGAAACACCUAGGCAGAUUGGUUUAGCACAGUUCUGGGUAUAUAUGAAUGACUGACUUACUGAGCAGGGCAGACCCACCCUGGGCAUGGGUGCACCAACCAAUAGAUUUGUAGGCUUGGUGGAAUAAAAAGGGAAAGAGGAAGGAAGUCUCAAUUAAGCUUCUUUGGAGAAGCUGUAGUGUUCACCAUUGUCUUGGGACAACUGUCUCCAGGCUUCCAGUGACUCUUCAGCCUUCCAGCACAGACCCUUCAGCCGCCUGCUUCCUGACCCAGACUCAAUGAAUCUACAGUGAACUCCACACCUUUGACUUUUGACUGAAUCCUUCAGCACCCCAGAAUGUGGAGGACCUUUUUGCAUUUUUCCACACAUAACUCCCCAGGAAGCCAUUAUAAGCCUAUCUUGUAAAUUCUUUAUAUAUCAUAUAUAUGUUUUAUAUUAAUUCUGUUCUGCUAGUGAACUCUAACUGAUAAAACCUGUCAGAUAUGUUAGAUGUAAACUAUUUGGGAAACUGAGUGGAGGAUUUUUGAGAAUUCUCUACCUUUGUAAUUUUUCUGAAAAUAUAAAACUAAGACAACAAAAAAUAUGCUGUUCAUUUGUCAUACAGCUUGCAUAGUUUCUGAUGAGCUUUGUGACUUUUUUGUUUCCUCGGUAAAGAUGUAUCUUUUGUAACUGGCUUGUUUUAAGAUUUUCUUUCCACUGUUGGUUUUUAGGAACUGGUUACAGUGAGCCUCAGUGUGGCUUUCCAUUUUUGCUGCAUGAAUUCUUUAAGCUUUUUGGAUCUGUAGGUUACAGAUCUAUCUAACUUGGAAGUUUGGAGCCAUUUUUAUAUUCCUUUUUUGUCUCCCACCUCUUCUCCACUUUAAUCUGUGAUAGGUUAGUUUGUAUUGUUGUAUUUGUUUCUUUUUUAAUAUAGGCAUAACUUUCACCAUGCUUAUUUGCUAAUUUCUUUAUCUGUGUCAUUUUUUGGUCUGUUUACAGUGACGUAUUUCUCCUGGUUUUAGUUCUAAUUUUCUGCUGCUUUUUAUAUCAGUGUUUUAUUAGAUGCUAUACAUUGGUAAUUUUAUACUGGUUAUAAGUUUUAUUGGGCUUGCUCUUACAUGCAGCUAAAUUACUUGUAUUUUGGCUUAAUCUGUUCAAAUUUUUAUUGGAUGGAGAAUAACUUUUCCCUCAGAGGUACUUUAGUCCCAUUAAUAAGGCAUAGCUCAUGCAGAAUCUCUACUGAACAUCCGGAGUGAUCCAGAAGAGCACUUAGCUAGCUCUAGCCGUGUGGAGUUUGAAUGCCUCCCAGGCCAGCGUGGGCACUAUGCUUUACCUGGGAAUUCACUCUGUGCUUGUGUGCCCGAGACUCAGGGGAGCCUGUGCAGAUUUCUUGAGUUCUAUGAGGUUGUUGUUGUUGUUUGUACUGGGGACAGAACCCAAGGGCUCAUUCCCAUCCCUUUUUUAUUUUCAAACAGGUUCUUGCCAAGUCUGUGUUGUUAGAAGACAGGGCUCAAACUCGGAAUCCUUCUGCCUUGGCCGCCUAGAGUUUGGGAAUUAGAUGUAUGUGACACCAUGUCUGGCUAAGGUUCUCUUUUGUAUAGAUCUUUCUUUUGUUAAGCUUUAGCCACUUCAGCCUCCCUCUUCAAUUCCAGCGUCUGUCUCCUCAACUAUGUGAAACUAUUUCCCCUUGCCUGGUACUUGCUUCUGUGCGCUGCUGUUUAUAAUGUAUCUUUAGGCAGAAAUCUAGAGUGGUGGUAGGGUUUGCUGACUUAGGUUCAUGUUUCUCAAUGUCUGCAAGCCAUCGUUUCAGCUAUUUUUUGGUCCAUUUUUUUACUACUUCAUAACAAAAGGAUAAAUAUUGCCCAUUUCAAGGCCAGAAGUAAAGGAUCUAUCUAAAGUAUAAAACAGCAAAGAAAGUGUUUUAAAAUCCAUUUUGCUCUGCAUCUGCUACAUUUCUUUAUGUUACUGCCUAAAAAUAUGAUGUUCACUUUAAUCAUAAUUUUUAUGUUGGAUAAAAUUACUAGACAGGACUUUGUCUUGUUUUCCUUGAGAACUAUAGUCUGGGAAGAAAAAAUGAAAGGCUAUAAUGGUGGUAAACUUGAUGGACUAUGGCACCAAACUGGUCCUUUUUCCUAUAGAACCCACAACUAGGAUACAUUUUACAUGUGUGAAGCACUUUGCUUACCAGUGUGUGGUAUACAGGCUGCUUUGUUUAGUCAUAUGUACUUGAAACACUGUUUAGUAACAUGGAGUUUGUGCCAAUCGUGUUUAAUGAAAUAGCUGUGUCAAAUGAUGUGUAGCUAAGUGUGAUCAUGUGACUCACUUCAGGCUAAUAUACUCUAAGCAUAAGAUAGUGUCAUUUCUGUGACUAGCCCAAAUAAAUCUCCCAGAUGAUUCUUCUUGGUUGUACCUUUUUUUUUACUAAAGUUGUUUUAUGGGUCUAUGGGAAAGGCCUAGAAGUAAAAUCUAAAGUCCCAUGAGAUUGAAGAAACUCAGAUCUCUGAAUCAUUGUAUAUCGAAAGUUCUUUCAUUUUGCUAACUCACACUUUCAUUGUGGUGUGAAUAAAAAGUAAAUCCUUU